AUCGGAGGAGGGGGAAUCCGCGACUGACACAGGAGCGGACGGUUAUUCAAUUCAGCCUCGUCCGACUCGACUCGGUUGGAUUCGAUUAGCCGCGCCGCUUCACCAGCCCGGAGGCCGCCGAAAUAAACCCAUCGCCAUUAUAUGAUCCACUUUCCAGAGUCGCUACUACCCUCCAUGUGGGUGAGGGACCUGUGCGUGUCGGGCUAUGGCGAGAAAAACAGUUAGCAGGAAAAGGAAAGCAGAGGAGCCCAAGGAACAACAGUUUGACUGGUGUCAGUCUGCGUUUAAGCGUCCCCGCGUGUCCAGCUCCGUGCGUCAUGCCCAGCACUGGUGGCAGAGCCGGCGGUCAGUGGUGUGCUCGGUGAGAGGCAGAGAGUUCCGGCCGCAGCAGCAGCAUGAGUGGAGCUUUCAGAGAAGUCUGCGGGGAUUCGCCGCCGGACGCAUCCCAGGAAUCCUCAGAGAGAGAGAGUUCUCCCUCGGCCGACUCAAUAAGGUGUUCGCUUCCCAAUGGCUCAACCACAGGCAGGUGGUGUGCGGGACCAAAUGCAACACGCUGUUUGUAGUGGACGUCCUCUCAGGACAGAUAACAAGGAUACCCAUGCUGAAGGACAGAGAGGGCCGAGGAGAAGUCUCCCAGGGUUUGGGUGGAGUGGGAAGCCCUUUCCAUUUCCACAAUCCAGGAUCGGUUGGCGGUCUUGAUGUGCAGCAGGGAUGUGGCAUCCACGCCAUAGAGCUGAACCCUUCUCGUACACUACUGGCCACUGGCGGAGACAAUCCCAAUAGCCUCGCAGUGUACAGACUUCCCACACUCGACCCAGUCUGCGUCGGGGAUGACGGCCACAAUGACUGGAUUUUUUCCAUUGCGUGGAUCAGUGAUACCAUGGCAGUCUCAGGAUCUCGUGAUGGUUCCAUGGGUCUGUGGGAGAUUUCAGAGGACGUUCUGUCUCAGGCUGAGAAGCGCCAGAAUGUGGAAGGUGUUCCUGGUUACUCCCACAUCUCUCACCGGGCUCUUAAGGACAUCCCGAAAGAAUACACUCACCCCUACAAUUGCAAAGUGCGCGCACUGGCCUUCAACAACAGCCAUAAGGAGUUGGGAGCCGUUUCUUUAGAUGGAUAUUUCCAUUUGUGGAAGGCAGAAGACAACCUGUCCAAGGAGCUUUCUACAAAACUCCCUUACUGUAAGGAGAAUGUUUGUCUGGCUUACGGGCUGGACUGGUCUGUUUAUGCAGUCGGUUCUCAGGCACACGUUUCCUUCCUCGACCCCCGGCAAUCUUCUCAGAACAUCAAAUCCGUGAGCUCCAGAGAGCGUGGCAGCGGUAUUCGCUCUGUGAGCUUCUAUGAACACAUAGUGACGGUAGGCACUGGUCAGGGUUCCUUGCUCUUCUAUGACAUCAGGGCCCAGCGUUUUCUGGAUGGCCCAUCCAGCACACCCGGCGGGUACCGGAAUCGCACUGCAGAGGGCAUCCUGAAACUCACCACAGGAAGAGGAUGGCUGAAUCACGACGAAACGUGGAGAAGCUACUUUUCCGACAUCCGCUCGUUCCCGAACGCUGUGUACACGCACUGCUAUGACGACUCCGGCACCAAGCUCUUCGUAGCCGGCGGCCCGCUGUGUUCGGGCCUACACGGAAACUACGCCGGCCUCUGGAGCUAACCUUCCCAUCAGCCCUCCUCCAUUCACUCUCUCACACACAGGCCAUCCUACAUCCUUAUCUUUAGCUUCUAUCCAAGUCAAACCCUCUACAGACUCAGGAGCUCAACCGCUUUUGUGCUCGUCUUUACAUUCUCAUUUGCCUGUUGUACUUUUUUUCCCACAUUUGUUUUUUAUUUUUUUUGUGAGAGGGAAAAAAAGUAAAGGAGAGGUGUCGGAUUAUUUGGAGCUUGUACAUCGGCAGCCUGAACCUUUGAGAACUGUGGAACGGUGUAAAAAUAUACAAAAUAUAUUGAA